AUGACAUUUUUAAGUUCACUGAAAUAUGCUGCAAUAAAAACAAAAAAUAAUAAAGUUAGAGAUUAUUUAAAGAAACAAUUAAGUGAUGAAUUUGUAAAGAGAGCUCGAGUACAUAAUUAUAGAGCACGAAGUGUUUUUAAAUUAAUAGAAAUUGAUGAUAGAUAUAAAUUAUUUUAUGAAGGAGAUGUUGUUGUAGAUGUAGGGUGUGCCCCUGGUUCCUGGUGUCAAUAUAUAGUUGAAGAAGUAAAACCACAUUUGAAAAAUGGGUUUGUAUUAGGUAUUGAUUUAAAAGCAAUUGCUCCAAUAGAAGGUGUAACAUUUCUUGGGCAAUCUGAUAUAACAAAAGAAGAUACACAUAAUGAAAUUAAAAAGUUAAUUGGUGAUAGAAAAGUUAAUUCUAUUGUAUCGGAUAUGGCACCAAAUCCAUGUGGUGAUAAAAGAACAGAUCAAAUAAGAUUAAUAAAUAUGUGUAAAGAAGUAGUGUUUUUAUUUACAAAAUAUAAAGUGUUAUCACUUGACAAGAAUGGAAUAUUUUUAUGCAAAAUUUGGGAAGGUGACUCUAGAAAAGAAUUAACUGAAAUGCUAAAUAAAUAUUUUAAUAAUGUAAUUACGGUAAAACCAAAAGCUUCUAGAGAUGAUAGUGCUGAAUUAUACUUAUUAGGAAGAGGUUUCAAAAAUAAUUUGUAA